CGGGCCGGUGGCGCAAUGGGCAGUGCAGAGGCGGAGCCGUGGGGGCGGGCUCCCGGUGCCGCUGUUUGCGGCCGGCGGGCAGGCAACUCCUGUCCAGAGUGGAGGCGGCGGAGCCGGAGCCGGGGGAGGGGGCAGCGGAUAUCUGACAGACCGCGGCGGCGCCCGCAGCUCCUUACCGCACCCCCACUACAGGCUCGAGGAGCUUUCCGGAGCUUCCCACACUUCUGGGGAGAAGACUUCUUAGCCAGCUUGAUGUUUAAAAUUCAGCUGGAGCCCUUAAAACUUCGAGCGUGGACGCUGAAUGGGUUUGUAAAGUUUCGAAACAAGGAGACCAGCACUGGGCCAGUGGCUGUGAUGGGCAAAGAUUAUUACAAGAUUCUUGGGAUCCCAUCGGGGGCCAAUGAGGAUGAGAUCAAGAAAGCCUAUCGGAAGAUGGCCUUGAAGUAUCACCCAGACAAAAACAAAGAACCCAACGCUGAGGAGAAGUUUAAGGAGAUUGCAGAGGCCUAUGAUGUGCUGAGUGACCCUAAGAAACGGAGCCUGUAUGACCAGUAUGGGGAGGAAGGCCUGAAGACCGGCGGUGGUACAUCAGGUGGCUCCAGUGGCUCCUUUCACUACACCUUUCAUGGGGACCCUCAUGCCACCUUUGCCUCCUUCUUUGGUGGCUCCAACCCCUUCGAUAUCUUCUUUGCCAGCAGCCGCUCCACUCGGCCCUUCAGUGGCUUUGACCCAGAUGACAUGGAUGUGGAUGAAGAUGAGGACCCAUUUGGUGCCUUUGGCCGCUUUGGCUUCAAUGGACUGAGUAGGGGUCCAAGGCGAGCCCCAGAACCACUGUACCCCCGGCGCAAAGUUCAGGACCCACCUGUGGUGCAUGAGCUUCGAGUGUCCCUGGAGGAGAUCUACCAUGGCUCCACCAAGCGCAUGAAGAUCACAAGGCGGCGCCUCAACCCUGAUGGGCGAACUGUGCGCACCGAGGACAAAAUCUUGCACAUCGUCAUCAAGCGAGGCUGGAAGGAAGGCACCAAGAUCACCUUCCCCAAAGAGGGUGAUGCCACACCUGACAACAUCCCUGCUGACAUCGUCUUCGUGCUCAAGGACAAACCCCAUGCACACUUUCGCCGGGAUGGCACCAAUGUGCUCUACAGUGCCCUGAUCAGCCUCAAGGAGGCGCUGUGUGGCUGCACCGUGAACAUUCCCACCAUUGAUGGCCGAGUGAUCCCUUUGCCCUGCAAUGAUGUCAUCAAGCCAGGCACCGUGAAGAGACUCCGUGGGGAGGGCCUUCCCUUUCCCAAGGUCCCUACUCAGCGAGGAGACCUCAUUGUGGAGUUCAAAGUUCGCUUCCCAGACAGAUUAACACCACAGACGCGACAGAUCCUUAAGCAGCACCUACCGUGUUCCUAGGCUCUGCCCCAGCUAGUCCAGAGUCUACCACAGCAAUACCCCCCACACUCACCCCAUCCAGUGUGCACCCAGCUUGAUAUCCACUGGGCACUGGCAAUUUUUUCUAAAAUGCAAAAGAAGCCACUGGUUUUCAGGAUAAUGUUCGUGUCCCUGACCCUUUUCAGAGCUGGGCUGCCUUGAGGAGUGGGAGGGAGGUGGGGAGAGCUAGCCCAGGCCAAGGGUCAGUUUUCAUGUCACUAGCUUUGAAUCCAGUUUCCACUCCAGUGGCUGGGGAGUGACUUGAGUGCUACUUGAAGAUACAGAUUCCUUGCCCACGCUUGUAAAUAGCAUGUCCCUUCCCCUCUCAGCCUUGCUGAUAUCUUUCCUCUCCCUUCCCUUAGGCUUCCUCCUGUUGGGGAGGAAGAGGAUAGAAAGGACACUGAUCUCCCACCCCCACCCCCUGGUCCACAGUGUCCAAGGUUAUCGCACACACACCCAUGCACAGGAAGCACUCAUCUAGAGCUGUCUGUACCUCUAUGGGAGAUAGGAGAGGCGAGGAGAUAGGAAGGGAUGGUCUGCAACGCUCAAACAGGGCCAUUGAGCACAAGACACUUUUCAUUGGGGGAAGGGAGAUGAACUGACCCUCAGCAGCCUCCCCAGUAGCUGCCCAGCCUACACCUAAUAGAGUUGGAGGUUCUGUCUUCCUUGCUGCUCUGAGGAGUGUUUGAGGGUGGAGAAAGGGAAGAAGGGCCUGAGGUAUUAAGGCUAAGAGGUGAGGCAGGGCCCAUCUCCCAGCCUUCAUCAAGAAGGGAAAGGGCUUUGGGGUCAGGUGGCAGCUACCCCCCAACAAGAGAUUCAGGGUCACAGGUUUCUCCCCACACCUCUGAACUCAGGGCCUAGCCACCCCAAACUUCCAAGUCCCACUUUUGUGAUAUGUGAAGCUACUUAUUUCUUACCCUUCUUGGAGGCUGUGGGGGGAAUUCCAGCCCUUUUAUGCCUGCGUGACCCCACCCCACUCUCACAGCUGUAUGAAAGUCAAUGGUGAAGGAGCUGGGAGAAAACUGCUUCAGCUGGUCCUGGGGUGGGGUCUUUAGGUUUUCUCACUUUGACAAGCCCCUGAAUGUUUUUAUAGUAGUUUUUUUGUAUUUUUUGUAAUGACAGUAUUAUGAAAAAUAAAGUAUUUUAAAAAUAUGGCAUCUGAGCAGAAGCAGUGAGCCUGGAGUGUAGGAGGUGUGGUGUGCAGUGCUGCUCUCAACCUCCCUCCAGGACCCCGGUCACCUUUGAGAAGCCAAGCAGACCCUCAAUUAUGAACAGAAGCUGACUCCUUCCUUCUUCUAAGUUCAAACUCCUGGGAUUCCAAAACUACCCAAAUACAACAAAGACAAAAUACACCAUUCAGCUAUUAGAAGAAACACCAUUUGGAAGAAAAAAUAUCCCUGGUCAUGACAGAGACCAUCAUCUUCAGAAAAUGUGUCAAUGUGAAACCUACUGUAAUAGUUUUUUGGGGUUUUUUUGUCUAAAGCUUCUCUUUGAGUUAGAGAAAUCUUCUUCCUAGAAGAAGGUAGAGGUUUUGUUUUUUGUUUUUUUUGGCUGACUAGAACAGACACAUCCCCAAAGACCAGGCAUGGGCAGUAGAGAGGAUGACUAGAGGUUGUUGACCUCUUUGGCCCUGACUGGCAGGGCCUGAAUAGGGACCUGAGCACCUGGGGAGACACUGAACACAGUUCUCUGAGGAUGUCUAUCCUGGAAUCCGACCUGCUUGUCCCUGUUGAAACAACUGUGGCCCUCUCCUGAGAUCACUCUGCCCCAUGACAUACCUGUCCUUUCCCUUGGGUCUGGCUGGGAAGGAGCCCUGGGGUUAGACUGCCUCUGCAGUCUCUGCCUGGAUUUGAUCUUCCUCUUGGGACUUUCCUCCAGGCAUGACAGCUGCAUCUCCCAGAACAGGCCAUGACAGGCAAACCCUCUUGAGCUCAGAGCUCCUAGGGCCUUGAAGACAACGCCGCCUUCAGCUGGCCUGGCCACACAGAGGUGAACACUGACUGGGCUUCACAGCAUCCUUCCUGCUUUGCUUUUCAUCCCAGGACAGAGACGCUAAAAGUUUCUUGUCCUUAUAUCUGAGAUACUUUUUGCAGGAGAGGCUAUUUCUGCUAAGGCAGAAACUAGGGGGUCUCGUUUACAAGUCUGAUAAUCCCCUGGCCUAUGCAGGGAGACCCCAACACUUUAUCCCCUGCUCCAUACUCUCCUACUUUGGGGUAUCUAGUCCCUUUUUUUCACAUGGGGCUAAAUUCUUGCCACUGAUCUCCCUGGAGGUCUGCAGCUUUGGGAUCAAGGUCUGCUUGCCCAGACUGCUCCCUCUGGCCCUUAUGUGGACACACAGGACCUGAGAAGUUGUCAUGUUUUCACCAAGAACACUCAUCUGAGACACCAAGCCAUCUGAAGCAAACAGUCUUUAUUGAGAAUGCCCUGAGGCUGGCUCUCCAGCUCCUUCUGAAACUUGAACUUUCCCCUUCUUAGAGGAUGUGCAGGAAUUUCUGGUCCUAGAAUGUCUGUGUUGUGUGGGAGUAGUGGAGGGGAGAAAGAGGGAGAAAGAGAAUAUGCAUAGAAGUCAAAGUCAAGAGGGUAAAGGAGCUGGGGGAAAGACUGGUUCAGCCCAGCCAUGGGGAGUGGGUCUUUAUUGGGUUUUCUUACUUUGCCAAGUCCCUGAAUGCUUUAUCGUGUGUUUGUGUGUGUGUGUGUGUGUGUGUGUGUGUGUGUAAUUUUGUAAUGAUAGAACUCUGACAAUCAUUCAUUUAUUUUGUAUGACAAAUACUCUUCAAGGCUUAUCCAUCUUGGACUACCAACACUCUCAGUGGGGCUGGGAAUAGAGGGCAUUCCUGGGUCACUAAAGUUCCUUGACCACUCAGAGAGCCAUUUAGCUUCUAAAACCUCUCCCACAUCACUGGCUGUCAGGACAUCUGAUCGUGGCUGAGGGGCCACAGUCUCCUCGGACUUCACUUCUGCCUGGGCCCUUUGGUCCUUAAGGGAAUCCAUAAACCUCCACUAUCCUCUUCCUAAAGAGGAAACUCUGAAAAGAUUCUCCCCACUGUGAUGAGCCCCUCUAGGCCCUCGCCUCUCUGUUCUCUGCCUCUGGGUUCUGCUCUUUCACAGCUUUAGCUUGUUGGGAUGCAACUCCACUCUCCUCUCUUGGGUCAUGUUCUGCUCUUGUUUGACUUGGAGCGACUCUGCAAUUUAUAUAUGAUAAUGGCAUCAGAAGCCAAAAAGUUUGCACUUUUGCUAUGACUGAUGGUCCUCUUAAAAGCCCAUGACCAGUAUCUCAGGGCCCUCUGGACACUUUUACUGACUACUGAGGGGACAGGAAAAGGACUAUCCAGGGUGGGGACUGGCUUUUUUAUGAUAAGUUUAUCUCCCAACCUGCCCAAAGGUCCCCUUCAAAGAGCUAAGCAACCUUAGUUUAACUACCCCUGAAACAUGAGUGGCUGAGAAAGCUGGACUGAGGGAGGGGCCAUGAUUGGGCCUUUAUCACCUCAGCUGUUUUAUGGAUUCAAAGACCUUGAAAAUGAGCCAGGAAGAUGACCACAAGUUCAAGGCCAGCCUGGGCUACACAGAGAGACCCUGUCUCACCAAACCAAAGAAACAAAAUAAAACAAAGACCUUGAGA